AACUCAGGAAUAUUUUCACUUUUCUCCGGCUUGAAAAUUUCCUACCACCAUUUUUUGUCUUCUCAUGCACCGAUAUUAUUAAAGAUCUUAAUUAUCAAGAGCGAGCUCCAAGUUUUCCUUUGCAUUUUUUCUCCCCCACCAAACAACCCAAUCCAAGAAACUAUGGCAGCAUGCAACGGCAACGGCAACGGUACUACUACUACAGUGAACUUCUGCGUAAACACCGACCCUUUGAACUGGGGCGCGGCUGCGGAGUCACUCAAGGGUAGUCAUCUGGAUGAGGUGAAGCGCAUGGUGGAGGAGUACCGGAAGCCGGUGGUACGGCUCGGGGGCAAGACCCUGACCAUAUCACAGGUUGCAGCUAUUGCAACCCAAGACACUGGGGUGAAGGUGGAGCUGUCGGAGGCAGCUCGAGCCGGGGUCAAGGCCAGCAGUGACUGGGUCAUGGACAGCAUGAACAAGGGCACGGACAGCUAUGGUGUCACCACCGGUUUUGGAGCAACCUCUCACAGGAGAACCAAGCAGGGUGGUGCCCUUCAGAAGGAGCUUAUCAGAUUUUUGAAUGCUGGAAUCUUUGGCAAUGACACAGAAUCUUGCCACACGUUACCACACUCGACGACCAGGGCGGCGAUGCUGGUCAGGAUAAACACCCUCCUCCAAGGUUACUCAGGCAUCAGAUUUGAGAUAAUGGAAGCCAUCACCAAGUUACUGAACCACAAUAUUACACCAUGCUUACCACUCCGGGGAACAAUCUCUGCAUCGGGCGACCUGGUUCCUCUAUCUUACAUCGCUGGACUUUUGAUUGGCAGGCCCAAUGCCAAGGCCCUGGGACCCAAUGGAGAGUCCCUGGACGCCACCAAGGCCUUCCAAGUAGCUGGGAUCAAUGGUGGGUUUUUUGAGUUACAACCCAAAGAAGGUCUAGCACUAGUGAAUGGCACUGCAGUCGGGUCCGGCCUAGCUUCCAUGGUACUUUUUGAGGCCAACAUCCUAGCAAUUCUCUCGGAAAUCUUGUCGGCAAUUUUUGCCGAAGUCAUGCAAGGAAAGCCUGAAUUUACAGACCACUUGACACAUAAACUGAAGCACCACCCGGGCCAGAUUGAGGCAGCAGCUAUCAUGGAACACAUCUUAGAUGGAAGUGCUUAUGUUAAAGCAGCUCAAAAGUUGCAUGAGACCGAUCCCCUUCAGAAGCCCAAACAAGACCGAUACGCCCUCCGAACCUCUCCCCAAUGGCUAGGACCACAAAUUGAAGUAAUCAGAACAGCGACCAAAAUGAUUGAGCGGGAGAUAAACUCUGUGAACGAUAACCCUCUGAUUGAUGUUUCGAGGAAUAAGGCCCUGCACGGUGGGAAUUUCCAGGGGACCCCAAUUGGUGUUUCAAUGGAUAACACCCGCCUAGCCAUUGCCGCAAUCGGGAAGCUAAUGUUUGCUCAGUUUUCUGAGCUUGUCAAUGAUUUUUACAACAAUGGGUUGCCUUCGAAUCUCACCGCAAGCAGGAAUCCAAGCUUGGAUUAUGGAUUCAAAGGCGCAGAAAUUGCUAUGGCGUCUUACUGCUCAGAACUUCAAUUCUUGGCUAAUCCCGUCACCAACCAUGUCCAAAGUGCCGAGCAACAUAACCAAGAUGUGAACUCCCUGGGUUUGAUUUCCUCAAGAAAAACAGCUGAAGCCGUGGACAUAUUGAAGCUCAUGUCAACUACUUUCUUAGUUGCAUUAUGCCAAGCCAUUGAUCUGAGGCAUUUGGAGGAGAACUUGAAGAACACUGUCAAGAACACAGUCAGUCAAGUGGCCAAGAGAGUCCUAACCAUGGGCUCCAAUGGUGAACUUCACCCGUCCAGGUUCUGUGAAAAAGACCUGCUCAAAGUUGUCGACCGAGAGUACGUUUUCGCUUACGCAGACGACGCCUGCAGCGCAACCUAUCCAUUAAUGCAGAAACUAAGGCAAGUCCUAGUGGAGCACGCGUUGAACAACGGUGAGAAAGAGAGGAACUUGAGCACUUCCAUUUUCCAAAAGAUUAGUGCGUUCGAGGAGGAGCUCAAGCUGCUAUUGCCCAAAGAAAUAGAGAGUGCCAGGGUCGAAGUCGAGAAUGGAAAAGCGGCAAUUCCGAACCAGAUCAAGGGCUGCAGGUCCUACCCAUUAUAUAAGUUUGUGAGAGAAGAACUGGGAACGGAUUUGCUAACAGGCGAUAAGAUUCGAUCGCCAGGUGAAGAAUUUGACAAGGUGUUCACGGCAAUGUGUGCGGGGAAGUUGAUUGACCCGAUGCUGGAUUGUCUCAAGGAGUGGAACGGCGCUCCUCUUCCUAUAUGUUAGUUAAGAUCUGUUCCGGUUCGUUACACUAAAAUUUGUCUCUCAUUUGGUUUUUUUUAUUAUUAUCAUAGUAUAGUUUGUAUUUUACCACGAUCAAUGUACCUGCUAUAUAUGUACUGCCAAACUGUCUCGGAAUGCUAGGGGUUUGUUCUUUCUUUCUUUUUAAUUUAAAAUAUAAUAAUCUUUCUUUGUACUUGCAAGUUCAGUUGAACAGAGAAAUGCAAUAGAGACCAACUACUUUUGGGUCUA